GGAUCUUCUGCUGGACUGGAAGCAGAAAGGUCACCAAGAGGGUCUUAUACAGGACUGGAAGCAGAAAGGUCACCAAGGGGCUCAUCUGCUGGGCUGGCAGCAGAGAGAUCACCAAGAGGCUCAGCUGUUGGAAUAGAAGCAAUGUCCGUUGAAGAGCCCAACCAGGAUGAAUUACUGACAGUCAACGAAACAGCAAGCCAACAAAAUUUAAAGACAGAACCUCGAAGGUCAUUUGGGGCUGAACUGAUUAGUUUCUUUGCACGUCGGCUCAGUAAUCAACCCACACAAGAAGUCUCAGUGGAAGAUAAUGUCAAUUAUACAAAACCUAUUGACACAACUGCACAGGGCUCAUUAGCAGACCAAGACAUUUCCUCACCAAGAAGUACAUCUCCUGGUCUAGAUGCAAAGAGGUCACCAAGAGGGUCUGCUACAAGUAUCAAAGAGCCAUACAUAGAAACUGAAAUAGACAGAAGCUCAUCACCAGGUAUGGAAGCAGAUGCUUCACCAAGAGAAUCUUUAUUAGCCCGAGAUACAUUACCAAGAAGGUCUAUUUCAGAAGUAGAAAAAGAGAUCUCUUCUAGAGCAUCAUUUACAGGAUUAGAAAAACCAGCUUCACCUCUUCUUGAAAUUCAGGAUUCAGACUCAAAAUAUGAUGAACCGCACCCAGAACUUCUUCACCCUCGCAAGUCUAUCGGAGCAGAAGUUUUGGACUUCUUGGUUCGUAGACUCAGCACUCAAUCUACAUCUUAUGAUGUUAAUGAGGAAAAAACUUUGUCCCCUAUCGAAAGGUUAUCUACAGGUUUGGAAUCAGAAAACUUAUCAAGAGGAUCUCCCACAAAUCUGGAUAUUUCAACCUCACCCAGAAGUUCGACAGCUGGAUUAGAAGAAUCACAGACUCAGAUCACUGAAUCAGAAGUGUUGGACUUUUUGGUGCGUAGACUGAGUAAUAAAACUUUGUCUGAGGAAGAUGACGCAAUAUCGCCCAACCUAGAAAAUGAAGGAGACACCAUAUUACCUCAAAAGUCACUGGAAAAUAUACUUGAUAAUCGAGCAUCCAUAUCCUCAUCAGUGGAUGAGGAAAUAAUUAACAUUUUGACAUCCCGAAAGCUAUCAAAAGAUCUUUCAAGUCCUUUGGAGACAGCAGAUGGCCCAGUUGUGGAAGAACUAAAUGUCACAGAUCAGCUGUCACCCACACCUAGUUUGGAUGAAGCACAGGCUGCAAGGGCUUCGCCUGAAAGUCUGUUGAGUAUACCCCAUGAACCACAGGCAGAACAUCUGCAACAUCGUAAGUCAAUUGGGGCAGAGAUACUGGACUUUUUAGUACGCAGGCUGAGUAGCAAACCUCCAGUGGAUCAUGAUAACCAUGACGUUGAGGAUCCAAGUAUACUUGAACCUGAAACAGAAGUAUACAGUUCACCAAGAGCUUCACUGAUCAGUCCAGAAAUUAGGAUUGAAGUCUCAGAAUAUAAUGAUGUUCAAGAAGUAGACAAAUCUCCUAGAGGAUCAGAUGCUAGCAUUCAUUCUUAUAAAUCAUCUGUUGAUGAUCCAGAGAAUUUCAAAACUCCAAGGCAAUCAAUAACAGAUCCUAUUUCAGCUAUAGAAAUCCAGGAAGAGAAAGAAAGGGAUUCUGAAUGGUCUCCAAGAGGCUCAACGGCAGGACUGGAGGUUCAGAAAUCUCCGAGAGGCUCAACAGCAGGAUUGGAGGUUCAGAAAUCUCCAAGAGGUUCAACUGCAGGAUUGGAGGUUCAGAAAUCUCCAAGAGGUUCAACGGCAGGAUUGGAGGCUCAGAAAUCUCCAAGAGGUUCAACGGCAGGAUUGGAGGUUCAGAAAUCUCCAAGAGGUUCGACGGCAGGAUUGGAGGCUCAGAAAUCUCCAAGAGGUUCAACGGCAGGUCUGGAGGCUCAGAAAUCUCCAAGAGGUUCAACGGCAGAUCUGGAGGUUCAGAAAUCUCCAAGAGGCUCAGUACCAACUCUUGAGGCUCCGACCUCUGAGGCCGCUCCGGAGGUCCAACUCCGGUCUAAGAGCUCGGCCCCGAGAGAGGGCGCUCAGCAGAACCGCCGCUCACUGAUCAAGUAUAUCAACGACCAGGAAGACACCCUGCCGGAGCUCUGUUCCAGCCCCGAGUCAGUCGAACUCAUCCAGGCCUCGGACACAGAGGAUACCCUCGACCUAAUAGGCUCCACGACAGACAAUGAGAGCGACUCCGACCUGGAGACUGUUCUCAACAUCACUGACCUGGACUCGCCUGACGCGGUGGGCCAGGAGCUGGAGCCCUUCAGGAAGAAAUCUCUUACUUCGAGUCGAACGAGGAUCAAUGUUGCGCACUCCAGGAGAGGGGAUGGUUAUAACACGGACCCUGAGCCUACCGUGGCUAAGGGUAAACAGAGCAGUAUUUACAUUGAAGAGUCGCCUAAUAUUAUCAUUGCUUUGUACGAUCACAUUAUGACCAUUCUGACGCUGCCUGACUUGUCUCUGGAUGAAUAUAGCAUCACGCAAGUCAGUAAAUCUAAACUAACCGAGUCAAGUCAGCAACUAAGCAGAAGCGUUUCUCCGCCAGCCAUUGAGAGUCAGGUCCCUAGGCCCCUCUCUGAACCAGACGCGGAUAAGACGGUAAGGGAACCUGGGCAUGAGGAGGAGACUUUAACUCUUACAUCAAACACUGUUGCAGGAAAGGGAAGGUCGAAGUGGAACAUCAUGCCUAAUGUGAGCCGGUUGGAUACAACUGUUCAGGAGUACCAAAGGAAGAAGUCUUUGAAUGAAAUCUCCGCAGUAACCUUCUGCGGGUGUGGGUUCUUGGGAGUCUACUUGGUCGGCGCAGCCACGUACCUUCAGGAAAGCGCCCCUUGGCUCCUUCGCGGGCGCAUCGGGGGCUCCUCCGUCGGGUCCCUCAUUGCCACUUGCAUCGUGUGCAACAUUCCCUUACAGGUCAUCCGCGAGAACCUCUUGGCCACGGCGAAGGCCUCCCGCUCCUUCCUCCUGGGGCCGCUGAACCCUGCUUUCCCCAUCGAAGAACCUCUGCUUAAGAACCUGCUAAAGAUCCUGCCGGAGGACGCCCAUCUCCGAGCUUCAGGGCGGCUCUACCUCGUCGUGAAUCACUACAAGUCAAGAGAGGAGCUAGUGCGCGCUGUUCUCUGCUGCUGCUUCUUGCCUGGCAUCUCUGGGUUCUCUGUGCCCAGCUUCCACGGACGCAGGUAUCUCGACGGCGGCAUGACGAAUAACAUGCCUCUGAAGGGGCCCAACACCCUCGCCAUCAACGCCUUCGCCGGGGAGUUCGACGUGUGCCCGAUGGACAACGACUACCAGACCAAGUGGCUCACGACGGCCCUCAACCAGACGCUGGAGAUGACCAUGAUAAACCUGCGCCGCUUCUUCUUGGCCUUAGUGCCUCCCAACCCCGAGGAGCUGGACGAGUUCUACUGGCAGGGCUACGAGGACGCCAAGAGAUGUUUGGCUGACAGGGUUUGAGCAGGGGAAAGGGG